GGGCGGAUGAUAAGAUGGCUGCUUGCAAAACCCUCUUCACACUGGGGCGAGAUCUACGCAAUCAGUUGGAGAAUCGGUAGAGAAGCGGCGAGAUGGGUGAGAUGGAUGGCAAGGGUGAUAGGGACGACGGGUUGGAGGAUGGAUUGGUGGCCGGCGAAGAUGAUUGCGGCGAAAACACUAACAAUACCAACAACAUCAGUUACAGCUACAUCAAGGAUAGUGACAGUGACAACAACAACAAUAACAGCUUCAACAACAACAACAAUCAUGAUGAUGAUGGGGAGGGCGACAUCCACGGCUGCAGCAUGAUGGGUGUGUUGCGGCAGGUGGACGCGGAUGACAAUGGAGACGACAACAACAACAACAACAACAACAACAACAACAACAACAACAACAACUACAACAACAGUAACAACGACGAUGGUGAGCAGGGAUGGGGCAAAAUGGGCGAAGAGGGUAUGAAGGAUGACAACAAUAUCAACAACGAUGGCGAGAACAACAACAACAACAAUGUCAACAACAACAACAGGAAUAAGAUCAACAACUAUCACGACGAUGGCGGCAACGACAAUCAUGGGAACAGCGGGAUAGAGAGGGGAGGCUGUAACAACAACGAUAACUAUAAUGAUAGUCUCAACAUCAGUUUCUUCACCGACAGCGGAGAUCGCGUUAGGGAUGGGAUUGGGGUUGGGGUUGGAAGAAAGGGUUUGAUACUUCUCCCCUCCCUCAAACUCUAUCAUCGCUUGCUUCUCCUCCGCUGGCAUCACAUGGGGAUAGGAUAGUUGGGUCCGGCUGCCCCCUUGGUUGAUUGGGAUUGCCUGGUCGGCAAUCUCAAUGCA